UCCCAAGUGUGACUGCCAACUUGCUUGCAAGAACGGUGGAGCCUUGGACAAAACAAAGUGUGAAUGUGCAUGUGCUGGCGGAUACAGGGUGCCGACUGCAGCAAACCUCCCUGCCAAACGGUCUGUGUGAAUGGGAAGGUCAACCAAGAGAACUGUGCGUGUGAGUGUACAGACGGUUGGAGCGGCCCCACUUGUGCUUGCAGCUUAAAAUGCGCCAAUGGAGGAGUGCUAGACAAGGACAAGUGUACAUGUACUUGUGCUGGUGGUUAUCGAGGCGCCGACUGCACAAAGCCACCAUGUAAGACGGAGUGUGCCAACGGGAAGGUCAGCCAGGCUACCUGUCUGUGUGAAUGUAGUCAAGGCUGGACUGGAGCCAAGUGUGAUUGCAAUCUAAGAUGUUCUAACGGGGGAACCUUGGACGAAGACAAAUGUGAAUGUGGAUGUACCGGCGGCUUCCGAGGGGCUGACUGUAGUCUCCCUCCAUGCAAGACGGAGUGUGUCAAUGGCAAGGUCAACCAAAAGAACUGCGCAUGUGAAUGCACAGCAGGGUGGACUGGAUCUUCUUGUGAUUGCAGUCUUAAAUGUGAAAAUGGGGGUGCGCUUGACCAGGAGAAAUGUGAGUGUAGUUGUUCAGGUAUUACCGCGGUAAUGACGAUUGUGGCUGCUGCCAUGCAAGACGGAAUGUGUCAACGGCAAGGUCAACCAGAAGAACUGCGUAUGUGACUGUUCACAAG